AUGGCUUUUUUCAAGGUUUUUUGUUGCGGAAUUGCUUCGGAUCGAAGCGGACGUGGGAAGAAGCAACCUCCAUGGCGGGUGUUUUCUUUGAAGGAAUUACACUCAGCUACGAAUAAUUUCAACUAUGAUAACAAGCUUGGCGAAGGAGGGUUUGGAAGUGUGUAUUGGGGCCAGCUUUGGGAUGGAUCACAAAUUGCAGUGAAAAGAUUGAAAGUUUGGAGCAACAAAGCCGACAUGGAAUUUGCUGUUGAAGUUGAGAUAUUGGCAAGAGUACGGCACAAGAAUCUUCUUAGUCUACGUGGCUAUUGUGCUGAAGGCCAGGAACGGCUUAUUGUAUACGACUAUAUGCCGAAUUUGAGCCUACUCUCUCAUCUUCACGGACAGCACUCAACAGAAAGCCUCCUUGAUUGGAAUCGGCGGAUGAAUAUUGCAAUCGGGUCUGCCGAGGGAAUUUUAUAUCUUCACGUCCAAGCAACACCGCAUAUCAUCCAUAGAGACGUCAAAGCAAGCAACGUGUUGCUGGAUUCAGAUUUCCAAGCCCGUGUUGCUGAUUUUGGUUUUGCCAAGUUGAUCCCCGACGGAGCAACGCACGUGACUACACGAGUUAAAGGCACCCUUGGCUACCUUGCGCCAGAGUAUGCUAUGUUAGGCAAAGCAAACGAGAGCUGUGACGUCUACAGUUUUGGUAUUCUCCUUCUAGAACUCGCUAGCGGAAAAAAACCACUUGAAAAACUAAGUUCCUCAAUGAAACGAUCGAUAAAUGAUUGGGCACUACCGUUAGCUUGUGAGAAGAAAUUUAGUGAACUGGCGGAUCCGAGACUUAACGGUGACUAUUCUGAAGAAGAGCUUAAAAGGGUUGUAUUAGUUGCUUUAGUAUGUGCUCAGAGUCAACCGGAGAAGAGACCAACGAUGCUCGAGGUGGUGGAUCUUCUGAAGGGUGAGUCGAAAGAGAAGGUUUCGCAGUUGGAGAAUAAUGAACUGUUUAAGAACCCUCUUGCUGUUGGAAAUAACGAUGAGAUAUUCGUAUCAGCUGCUGAAGGAAGUUCAGACUUCAUCUCAGAAGAGAAGGAUUCGAAACCUGAGAUGGAAGAGAAUAAAGAACCAUGA